AUGGCCUUGGCACCCACGACCCGGGCGCGGGGCAGCCGGCCGGCACCGGGCCUCGCGCUGGCGGUGGCGGCCGCGGCCGCGCUGCUGCUCGUGCUGCGGCUGGCCGCCGGCGCGCCAGGACCGGCGCUCGGGCCGGCCCCGGCGCCGGCGCAUGCGCCGGCCGGCAGCGCUCCCAUGCCCCUGGCGUCGGGCUGCUCGGCCAACUGCGACGCCUGCACCGGGGCCCUGUGCACCAAGUGCAGCGACGGCUUCUUCCACCUGGUCGACGGCGUGACCAACUCCUGCGUGGACACCUGCCCCCCGGAGGAGCCCAUCCUCCGGUUCGAAAACAACACGUACUCCUGCUGGCGCAUGGAGAUCGACGGGUGCGCCCUGCUGGUCGGCCAGCCCGGCGCUUGGGAGUGCUACUUCUGCAUGCUGGGCCGCUUCAAACGCCCGGACAAUGGGUGCGGCCACUGCCGGCCCGGGUGCGGCUUCUGCGGCGACACCACCGGCUGCCUGGCGUGCCUGCCCGGGCUCUUCAUGCAUGACACCCUGUGCAGGGCCGCCUGCCCGGCGGGGCUCCAGCCCGGCGCUUGGGAGUGCUACUUCUGCAUGCUGGGCCGCUUCAAACGCCCGGACAAUGGGUGCGGCCACUGCCGGCCCGGGUGCGGCUUCUGCGGCGACACCACCGGCUGCCUGGCGUGCCUGCCCGGGCUCUUCAUGCAUGACACCCUGUGCAGGGCCGCCUGCCCGGCGGGGCUCUACCCGGACGACGCCUCGCGCACGUGCGCCGCCUGCCCGGCGCCCUGCUCCACAUGCACCGGCCCGGCCGAGUGCACGGCCUGCCACGGGGGCAAGCUCGCCCACGGCAGCCAGUGCGUCGACCUCUGCCCGAUGGGCCUCUACUCCGACGGGCACAUGUGUGUCCGGUGCCCGGCCGGCUGCCAGUCCUGCCUGUCGCCGGGGUUCUGCUCGCGCUGCCACCCGGGCUACCUGCACCAUGCGCUGACAUGCGUGGACACCUGCCCGGCCGGCCACUAUCCCAACGAGGCCGAGGGCCUAUCGGAAGAGCACACGUGUGUCCGGUGCCCGGCCGGCUGCCAGUCCUGCCUGUCGCCGGGGUUCUGCUCGCGCUGCCACCCGGGCUACCUGCACCAUGCGCUGACAUGCGUGGACACCUGCCCGGCCGGCCACUAUCCCAACGAGGCCGAGGGCCUGUGCGCGUCCUGCGCCGAGCCGUGUGCCACAUGCUGGGGGCCCGGCCCGGAGGCAUGCACCUCCUGCCCGGCCGGGCGCCACCUGCAUGCCGGGGCCUGUGUGGCCGCCUGCCCGGCCGGGACCUUCGCCAGCGGGGGCGCCUGCGCCGCCUGCCCGGACCCCUGCGCCGCCUGCACCCGGGCCGAGGCCUGCACCCAGUGCAAGAGCCCGCGCUUCCUGAGCGACGGCGCGUGCGUGGCCGCCUGCCCGGGGGGCACCUUCGCCGAUGCCGACACCGGCGCCUGUGUCCCCUGCACCGGCGCCUGCGCCACCUGCACCGGCCCGGGCCAGUGCACCUCGUGCGCCGGGCCGAGGCUCCUCCACCAGGGCACCUGUGUGGAGGCCUGCCCGGCCGGGCACUUCGCCCAAGCCGGCGCCUGCGCCGCGUGCGGCCCCCGGUGCGCCGCCUGCUCGGACGCCGCCACCUGCACCGCAUGCGCCCCGGGCUACCCCCUGCACCGGGGGGCCUGUGUGGCCGGCUGCCCGGGGUUUUUUUUUGACCGGGCCAACGAGUGCCUCCCCUGCCCGGCCGGGUGCGCCCUCUGCCACGAGGCCGAUGCCUGCGACGUCUGCCUGGCCGGCAUGGUCAAGCAUGAGUCCCGGUGCCUGGCCGGCUGCCCGGCCGGCACCCAUGUCACCAGCGACCCGGACCACCAGUCCCAGAGGCUCUGCCAGGCCUGCCACCCGCUGUGCGCCGAGUGCGCCGGCCCGGCGGCCGACCAGUGCACCGCCUGCGACGGGUCCCUCACCAUCCGCCAGCCCAUCCCGCCGGUGGACCCGCCCCUGGCCGAGGGCAUGUGCGUGCCGGACUGCAUGAACAACCCGUCGCAGUGCGCCGAGUGCGAGCCCACAUGCGACCUGUGCCGGGCCCUGCCCGACGACCAGACCUUCUGCAUGGUCUGCCGGGCGCCGAUGCUGGCCCUGGAGGGCCGCUGCGUGGACGCCUGCCCGCCCGGGCACGCGCCCAUGGUGGCCACGGGCCACUGCGCCCGGUGCGCCGGCGAGUGUGGCGGCGCCUGCUCCGGCCCGGCCGGCACCCAGUGCCUCAAUUGCCCGGACGGCAAGGUCCUGCAAGGCGGCGAAUGCCGAGAUGCCUGCAUGGCCGCCGGCUGGUACGCCGCCAGCCCGACCACCUGCAAGCGCUGCCACGGCAGCUGCUCGCAGUGCGCCGGGCCCGAGGCCGACCAGUGCACCGCCUGCCCGCGCGGGACCCUGCGCCUGGCCACGGCCGGCCCCGCCUCCUCCCCGCCGCCGGCCGGGGCCCUGUGCGUGUCGGCCUGCCCGGAGGGGCUGGUGGCCGACCCGCUGCGCGGCGAGUGCCAGCCCUGCCACCCUGCGUGCGCCACAUGCUCCGGCCCCCUGGCCGGCGAGUGUGUCGCCUGCCCGGCCGGCGGGCUCCUGCACCAGGGGGCCUGCGUGGCCGCCUGCCCGGCGGGCUUCCGCCCUGCGGCCGGCCAUGCCCAUUGCGAGGCCUGCGCCGCCGGCUGCGCCGAGUGCCCGGCCGGCGCGGACCUCUGCACCCGCUGCCGGCCCGGGCACUUCCUGGUCCUCGGCGCCGGGGCAUGUGCGACCGCAUGCCCGGAGGGCCACCUGACCGACGCCACGGCGCGCGAGUGCGCCCCAUGCGCCGGGGCGUGCGCCCGCUGCGCCGGCACCCCCGACACCUGCACCCGGUGCCGGGACCCGGGGCUGCGGCUUCGCGCCCACACCGGCGAGUGUGUGGCCGCCUGCGCGGCCGGCGAGGCCGAAGCCACCGGCCUCGGCAGCCAGGCCGGCCUGCUCCUCUGCCGGGCCUGCCACGCCACCUGCGCAACAUGCCGGGCCCCGGACAGCGCCGGCGCGUGCGACUCCUGCCCGGCCGGGCGCUUCCUCCUGGCCGGCGGGACGUGCGUGGCCGCCUGCCCCGAGGGGCACUUCCCGGCCGACGACACGGGCCAAUGCACCCGCUGCAGCCCGGCCUGCCGGUCGUGCUCCGGCCCGGCCAGCGACCACUGCCUGUCCUGCGCCGGCGCCGCGGCCAUCCUCCACCAGGGCGCCUGCACCGAUGCCUGCCCGGCCGAUGGGUUCUGGCUGGAUGACAGGCCGCCGGCCGGUCGCGCAUGCGUGCCCUGCCGGCAGGACUGCCUCCGGUGCCCGGCCGGCGGGGACCACUGCUCGGCCUGCCGGCCGGGCCACUUCCCGGCCUGGCCGGACCCCGCCCUCGGCCUCGUCUGCGUGGACAGCUGCCCGGCCGGGACCUUCCUCCAGCCGUCGCCCGACCACGACCAGGGGCGGUGCACCCCCUGCAGCAAGGGCUGCCACACAUGCACCGGGCCCACCCCGCCGGAGUGCACCCGCACAUGGUGCCAAGCCGACGACACGUGCACCGCCGCCCGCAAUCGCCACCUGGCCGUCGGCCUCGGGGUCGGCCUGACGGUGCUCCUGCUCCUGCUGCUCCUCGUGCUGGUGCUCGUGCAUGUGUGCCUUCGCCGCCGGCGGCCAGCGGCCCCGGGCCCCGAGGAAAAGUCCGCCGACGUCGACAUGACCAUCCUCAACACCUUCAUGGACCUCUCGCUGCCGGGGUUCCUGCUUCUGUCGGUGGCGCAUGACAUCCGCAUUCUCAGCCCGAGCCCCGAGCAGAGCGGCAGCCAGGGCGGCAUCUUCGCCGUCGAGCCGGUCACAUCGGCGCUCGCCGCGGCCGCCGGGCCCAACAGCAUCGUAAUGAAGAUGGCACAUGAGGAGGGUGGCAGCUCGCUCCCGGCGGCACAGGUGCAGGCCAUGUUCGAGAAUGAACUGUCCAUCCUGUGGGCGCUGCAACAGUCGCCGAAUGUGGUCCGGCUGCUGGGCUACACCCAGGCCCCCUCGGCCAUCCUCAUGGUCCGCGAGGUGAUCGACCUGGCGGGGCUCCUCAGCUCGGCCAGCCUGCUGGACAAGUGCAACAUCCUGGCCCUGCUCCGAGGGAUGGCCACCGGCCUGGCUUUCAUCCACGCCCAGGGGAUCGCCCACCGGGACAUCAAAUCACACAAUGUCCUGGUCGGGCCGUGCCCCGACACCGGGGCCAUGCGCCCGGUCUUCGCGGACUUCGGCGUGUCCAUCGCCGUCAGCCGAGGCUCGACCCUGCUGGACUCCACCAUGCUGGAAGCUUGCAGCGUGGCCUUCGCCGCGCCGGAGGUCCUCGCCUCGCUGCGCCUGCCUGCCCCGGGCCCCGGCCGCCGCCCGGAUUACAUGGCGGCCGAUGUCUUCUCCCUGGCCACGGUAUUUUGGCAUGUGCUGACCUUGACCCGGCCGUGGAACGGUCUCGGCAGCGAUGCCACCGUCGAGGCCGUCCUCCAGGGACGAACGCCCGACUCCCAUGGCCCCCCGGCGCACGAGGCCCUCCUCCAGGACCCCUUGCUCGCGGGCCUGGCGAAUGCCUCCCUGCCGGCCAUGUGGUCCAUGGACCCCGGGCAGCGCCCUCCCAUGGCGGCCACGGUGCUGGCACUCGAGGGGUAG